AUGGCUUCUCCGUUCACCCCGGCGGAGUUGGCAACUAUGCACCCAAAUGAUUCGAGAGUAACCGAAAUCUACUGGGUGUACAGCGUCCCAAUUGCUGCCGCCAUCCUUAGCACAGGGUUACGACUGUUUUCCAAGCACCUCGGCCGGAAUGGCAUUCACCUAGAUGACUACCUUAUCACUGUCGCGACAAUAUGUCUGAUUGGACAAUGCGCGAGUGGUUUGGGCUAUGGUCCUCCACACGGUAUGGGUAGGCAUGUCAUCUACGUCUCCGAGUACGACAAGAUGAUGGUACGAGCGGGCGACUUCGUUUUCAGUCACUUCUACGAUCUUGCACUUGUAUUCGUAAAGUUGGGCAUCCUUGCCUUCUACUGGAGGGUCUUCGUCCACCCAAUCUUCCGCAAGAUUGUCCUCGCAGCCGCUGCCUUCAUUAUUGCUUGGGGAAUUGGCAUCACGGUCACGCUGUUUUUGGUUUGUCGCCCACUCAGAGCGUAUUGGGAUCGUACCGUGGACGGCACCUGCUUGACUAUUGUCACCUUCACCUACUUCACCAACAUCUCGAACUUGAUUACCGACAUAUGGAUCUUCUUGAUGCCGGUACCCAUGAUAUGGCAACUUCAGCUGCAGGCCAAGAAAAAGCUGCUUUUGAGUCUGAUCUUCUGCAUAGGUCUUGCGACCUGCGUCGUUUCCUCUUUGCGUCUCACCGUCGUUCUCGGCCACGGCAGUCCCAAUUUCACCUGGUACUACGUCCCCCUCGGCGCAUACUCCGUCUUUGAACCCCUCGGCGGCAUCCUCUGCACCAACCUCCCCAUCAUCUGGCACAUGAUGCGCAAGCGCAAAGCCAGCCUCCCUCACUGCAACUCCGCAUCCAAAACCACAUCCUCCGGCGGCCACACGCCCACCAUUGGCUCAUCGUCCCGCCGGAGCCGCCUCGCUAUCGCACUCGGUCUCACGAGCCACGAUCGAACGCAGAACGGCAGCAGAAUGCAGACAAAUGUGGAUAAUGCAGAUACGGCGCAAGGCGACUGGGAACAGCUGGAAAGCAUGGAACAUAUUGCGCAGCCGGAUCCAAAGAUUUGGGCUACGAUUGAGGUUGAAGAAGAUGGUCCUUCAGAGCCGCUGCCUCCGGGCAUGAAGAGGACGGUUUGGAACGUGCGACGGUAG